AUGUUCUUCCACUGCUUAAUGGAAUUGGAAAAAUCCUUUACUUGAAGGGCUAGUUGACUUGUAUUUGUAGCCAAAGACAGUUGAUUAGUCCAAUGCUACCAGCAAUUAUAUCAAAGGAAAACCAAAUGUUGCCCCAUUUCUAUAUUUGGAGAAGUCCAACAUCAAUUGUUGUAGACCACAGGCUUCGUCCUCUGCUAUGAAGAAGAAGUUGGCACUUAGUGGGAAAUAUUAAAUAUGAUGAGGACUAUUCACAUGGUCUACUUGGUGUUUAGCUAGUUUACGUGAUCGUCAUCUGCGAAUUAAUGCCUCUUUUAUUGUCAUUUUGUCUGGAUAUACCAAGAGGAUCUUCUUUGACUGGGUCAAUUAAGCAUAGCUCUGCAGGUUGGUCAAUUAUCGUAUGUUUUGUUGCUUGGAGGGCAUUUGAAAUGAAGAAAGUUAUCUGGGUUUGUGUUAUUCUACAUGGCAGAAGAGUCGGCAACCUUGUUGAGGGUAAAUUUUCUGCACGUCAUUCAUCAUGUAAGCUCAUAAUUGUUGGGAUGAUGACAUUGAAAAUGCACCUAAAGGCUUAUCUUAAGUGUAUGAUUGACUCUCUGACAGAUGUGGAAGCCUCUAAUAGGCCUUGAAAUGCUAUGAAAACAAAUGGACCAUAGUUGAAGCUAACUUAUUGGGUAGCAAAUCAGGAAGAGGAAAAUGGGAACUUUGGUUGUGAAGACUUGUUCUUAAAGAUGGCUUCUAAGUCUAAGAUAAGGAUGUGGUGGAACACUACAAAUCAAAGGAGUGACAAAAGGAAAAAUGACACGUCUGAGAAGGGUGAUAUGAACAAGGGAAGAAGAGUGAUGUGUAAAAGUCAAGCUUUUUCUCGUGAAUAAAAAAGCCUAAAAGGUCGCAAAAUAACAUCCUCCUGCCUCCAUUGUCUUCUUUCCACUACCAAAAAAGGCGUCAAAAGCUCGGAGACGAAGGGACUGAGAAGAAGGAAGUGUCGGUGGUAAGGCAUGGGGUCUCAAGCAGAGUCCGACCCUAGCUACGCUCCCAAGUUGCCGCUCUUCUCCAUAGCCAUGCAAGAGCCUGAGCCCUCCGGAACCCAAACCCCACCGCUCCAGACCACAGCUUCCGUUCCGUUCCGGUGGGAGGAGGAGCCUGGCAAGCCCCGACCCUGCACCGCCCUCGUCGCCCUCUCCAAGUCUAGUAGCGCUCGCUGCCUGGACCCCCCUCCGAGGCUCUUCUCCUCCGACGUCAAACUCUCCAAAAUGCCCUCCCCCACCACCGUCCUCGAAGGCCCUUACGUGGCUCGCUCUGCCUUCCAGUGCUCUUCUUUCAGAGUGGCGAGAGACCGCCGCCACUCCUUCGGCAGAGGCGGUAGCCCGGAGAGAGGGCAGCUGGGCGCGAUGGUGCUGGGGAGGAGAGGGUUUUUCGGGGGUUGGGGGAGGAAGAAUCACAAGGGUAAAAGAGAAGCUUCUCGGUCUCUGGACCUUGAAGAAGGUAGCUCCCCCGCCACCACCGGAGAUUAUGACAGUGGUGGGGGCUCGAGUGAGAAGAUGACUAGAAUGAGCAGGAGUGGAAGGUAUCUGAGCCUGAGUCAAGCCAGAUCUCACUUCUGGGUAAGUUUCCGUUUCUUCACUUUGACUGCUGCCUCACGAAACGCAUCGUUUUAGACUCUUUUAUCAUAUUAUUCUACAGACCAUAAUGCGGGUAACGACAUUUUCUGUUUAUCACUUUUGUCAUCAACUCAAAUCUGUAAAGAGAGCUUUUGAACAUUUUUCUAAGAUGAAAAUCUUGAGGAUUUACAGAACAGUCUAAUAAUAAUAAUAAUUAUUAUUAUUAAA